AUUAAUGUAUAUUAGUGUGUGCCAACAGCAAUAACCUUAUUAAAAAUGGCCAGAAAAGCAAAGAGAAAGGUUAAUCAAAAGAAACCACAGGCCACAGUCGAAGGAAGCUCCCCCGUAUCAGAAAACAAGUCUCUCACGGCUGAAGACGAUGUCGCGCCCAACAGCCCGACGCUCUCAGAAAGCGAUGCCGCGUCGGAUUUGGUGGACACCUUCCAGCCACCAUCUAGUGCCACCACUGUGGAGGCGGUGGUUUCAGAUAAUAGUGUUGGAAAUAAAGUCGAUGAGGGAGAUGUUGAUAACGAAACGGUGAAUAGUGGAAAAGUGGCUGUGAAUGACGAGACAGAGUCUGCAGCUAACGAAUCCGAUGUUGAUGCUGAUAUCGACAUCUCUCUGAUGGAGCUCCUUCCGGUCAAAACCCUUAACGCGUACAACGCAGGGAUCGAAAAGUACAUUGAAUGGAGCCAGAGUAUCUACCCUGACGACGCCUUUUUUGAUAAGGUCACCGGCGAAAAGGCAUUUCUCUGGCUCCGCCACAUUGCGGCCGAGGGUAAAACCUCCAAACUGGGCGCUACCGUCCCCUACUCCCGCUCCACCUUAAUCCACUACCUCGCUGGGAUCAAUCUUGUGUACAAGCGCCAGAUCGCCGAAGAAAUUGAGCGCACAGGCGACGCCAGCGUUGCCUGGGACCCGCCGCGCACCCCAGAGGUGAAGGAGUUUUUAAAAAACUACGGUAAGAGCUCUCAGCUGAACUCUGUGCAUGGGGCCACCCCUCAAUCGGACGAGUUAGACGCCUCCCCAAGAGCCAUACCUCCUUCCACCCCUCCUCGCAAUACCCUCGCGGUCAAACGCGACUUGGACGACCGCUACAACGGCCUGACCUAUAGUCACGCAGAGCUCAAACGGAUCGUCCACCACGGCUUUGUGCGCAAAAAUCCUAGUAGCGUGUUGGCGCUCCUUCUUGCGCGUAACCUCGCGUAUCCGCUCUCCAAGUUGCGCUAUAUCGAGCUCGCCGACAUCCGUGUCAGCGAGCCCACCGCGCCGUUCGGCACCGUGCUUGCCAUUGCCAAAAAUGGCUAUGUCACCGGCUGCGUGCGCCACGCGGAGGUCGAGGUGUGUCCGCACUUUGCAAUGGCACAAGCGGCAGUGCGGCGCUGGGGCGACGCGAAGAUCGAUUUUGCCGUGCGUGGCAAGUUUGCGGGUCUUAAGCUCUUUGCGGCGCGCGGCAGCGAUGGCUUCCAGCCGGUUUAUGCAACCCACCACAAGAGCACGUUGACUAAGCUUAUGGAUGGUGCGGGCGUGGGUCCGUACAAUGUGACAUACGCGGGGCUUUGGGCUGCAGCGCAAGCGUGUCGUGCACGCGGCAUUCCCGAGGGCGUGAUCGAGGAGUUUAUCCACUGGUCCGCGCCUGAGGCAUCGCUUGAGACGUAUCUUGCGGACGUUGUGCCGGAACCGCUUUUAGCGUUGGGUGGCUAUGCGACGGACGCGCAGGAGACGUGCACACGCGACAGCGUUGUGCCGCCAGAUUCGCUUGUACACGCGGUCUUUCCGCACUUGCAGGCGUGGCGCGACGUGCUUGCCGGCUCCAGCUCGUUCCAGAACCACUUCCAGGGCGCAACUUUGGACGACGUCUUGGAGACCGCGCGUAUGGCCAAGGACGCCAUCCGCACACUCGACUACCUCGCGCGCGUGUUCAUCGAGGACUGGAAAUUCCUUCCGGCCAAAUACCGGCAGGAAAAACACCCGGUGUUUGCAACUGAAGCGUACGCCCGGUUCCGCCGAGAGCAAGAUGCGUUUUUCCCGGCCAACGGCACUGCGGUUGCUUCCGGUCCGUUCACCAUCAGCACCAUGGCGGAUGUUAAUGAGUACUUCGGGUAUUUGGUCGAGGAAAACAAGAGUUUGAGGGUAGCUUUGGAAAGCUUGACUAAGCGUGUUGAUCAGAUGAGCCGCCUGGUUCAGGACUCCAGUGACUCUGACGAGCUCGCGGAGGAAUCCGAAGACGAUGCUCCGUUUGUGCCGCCGCCAAAGCGUCGCAGAAAGGAGGCGGUAACUGUCAAACACGACUUUGUCUUCAAGCGCUCACCCGCGGAUAUGCGCGAGGUCUACCGCGAGUUUACUGAGAGCACGGACGGCGUUCCUUGUCCGUUAGACUUGGAGGAGCAGCAUGGGAACGCCUGGAGAGGUGCCAGUUCGUCCACCACGUCGCAGUACUUCUGCAGACGCCGCAAGGUGUACAACAUCGUGCAGAACGGGAUUCGUAACGGGCUUUCCGUGGACGAAGCUAUCGACGCGCUUGAGGCACACUACCUUACCAGCGGACUUCCGUUGUUGAUCUUCAUCUCCGGGCGGAUCACCGAUGCGUCGCUCCCAAAGGCGCUUAGGAGUUAGGCGUAGGAAGCUUUAAUUGUAUGCGUUUUAAUUGCGUUUUGAUCGCAGAAAAAUUUGGUGCUGAAUUAAUUGUAAGUAUAGUAGAACAGGUUUGAAUGGAAAGAGCAAAGUCUGA